AAACUGCAAGCAAAAAGUCAGGGAGCGCAAACGAGAAAGCUGGAAUCGCAACCAAAGUAAAUUGCGUCAAACAAAACUGAGAAAGACGCGGAACAAAAAUAAAAGGUUUCUGAAGAGUAAUAGACUGAUAUAUUUUGCACGAUUACACGAAUAAUUUGUUUGCCAGUCUAAAAAAAUUUACUUUUUUUUUUAUUUUGAUUUAUCGUUUUUGUUUGAUAUUUCAAAAGUAUCGUAUGAACAUUUUGGCACAAAAUUGAUUCCAUAAUGGUGCACUAAUGAGAGAGAGAGAGUUGAAGGACGGAAGGAAGGAGCUGGUUGUCCAGACGCGCAGCAGAGAUGAGCUCGGCUAAUCCUGUAGCAGCAGCUGCGCGCGCAGGGGAUUGUGGGUAAUCAACGGCAAGCCGAAAGGGAAAAUGAAAGCUGCGCUUGGCGCGACGGUGACUCAGGUUAAACUGAAUGCAGUUCUUACCGAGGCACCAAGCGAAGAAUGUGAGAGGAGAAAUUAAGUGCUAAUACUCGCCUUCAGUACACGUGCUUCAUUCAAGCUUCUAGUAUGCAUCUCUUACUUUUUGUCUUCGCCUUAGUGGCAAUCCUUGGUACAUGCCUGUCCUCUGAAAGCAUCAACUCCGCAGCUGAAACCAUUCAUGUAGCGACCAACGGCCUCCCUUUCCCCUGGAGCAAGUUGCGCCUCCCGAAUUACAUUAUUCCUAUUCAUUACCAUCUGUUCAUCCAUCCCAACCUGACCACUCUGAGGUUCAAUGGUUCGGUCAAGAUUGAAAUUGAUGUGAAGAACAACACAAACUGGGUGGUCCUGCACAGCAAGAACCUUGAAAUCAUUGCAGCUACUGUACUGGAUGAGAGUGAGGCUCACUUGUCUGAUAAAGUGCUCCCUGUUCUGGAAUAUCCUUCCCACGAGCAGAUCGCCAUCUUCUCUCCGAAGAUUCUGUCCUCAGGAGAAAAGUACUUUCUCUAUUUGGAAUUUGGUGCAGCAUUGGUUGACGGUUUCUCUGGCUUUUACAGGAGUACCUACAAAACCAAAGAAGGAGAAACACGGGUAUUGGCGUCUACUCACUUUGAGCCAACCGCUGCACGGAUGGCCUUUCCAUGCUUUGAUGAGCCCAUAUUCAAAGCCAACUACUCUGUCCGGAUCAGAAGAGGAGCCUCACACAUUGCGCUAUCCAACAUGCCCAUAGAGCAGACCGUGAAAUUAGACGGUGGUCUGUUUGAGGAUCGGUUCGAAACGAGUGUACGAAUGAGCACUUACCUUGUGGCCUUCGUCGUCUGUGACUUCAAGUCCGUCAGUCGACGAACUGCAACGGGGAUCGAUGUUUCUGUUUACGCUGCACCACACAAGUGGCACCAAACCCACUAUGCUCUUGAAGCAGCUGUAAAAAUUUUGGAGUUUUACGAGACGUACUUCAAUAUCUACUAUCCACUCCCCAAGCUAGACUUGAUAGCAAUUCCAGAUUUCCAGUCUGGUGCGAUGGAAAACUGGGGACUGACCACCUACAGAGAGACAUCUCUCCUCUAUGAUCCGGAGGUCUCCUCUACCUCAGACAAGCUCUGGGUUACUUUGGUGAUAGGACAUGAGUUGGCUCAUCAGUGGUUUGGAAACCUGGUAACUAUGGAGUGGUGGAAUGACAUCUGGCUUAAUGAGGGCUUUGCACAAUAUAUCGAGUUUGUUUCUGUUGAGGCUACGUAUCCACAACUAAAAGCGGAGGAUUACUUGUUGAGCACCUGCUUUGUCGCGAUCGGUCGAGAUUCACUCAACUCAUCCAGAGCGAUCUCAUCCUCCGCAGAGAACCCCACUCAGAUAAAGGAAAUGUUUGAUACAGUGUCUUAUGAAAAGGGGGCAUGCAUUCUACACAUGCUGAGGCAUUUCCUGACAGAUGAUGUGUUCCAGAGUGGCAUAGUCAGGUACCUGAGGAAGUUCAGUUACAAGAACGCCAAAAACGAGGAUCUGUGGGACAGUCUGGUCAAUACCUGCUCUGAAGAGGAUUUUGUCUUAGGAGAAUACUGCUACAGUGACAAACAGGCUACCAAGAAUGCUUAUCUGUUUGCAGGGGAGCAUAUCGACCUGAAGAAGAUGAUGUACACGUGGACUCUGCAGAAAGGCAUCCCUUUGGUGACGGUGAAGCGACAGGGGACUAAGCUUUACAUUGAGCAGGAGAGAUUCCUGAAGACAGUCCAGCCCAGUGACCCACUGUGGCACUCAAUGCAAGCUGGCUAUCUGUGGCACAUUCCUCUGACCUACAAAACAAGCCACUCCAGUGAAGAAAUGAGGCAUAUAUUAGAGACAAAGUCAGAUACGCUGAUCCUGGAUCAGGAAGUGAGCUGGGUUAAGUUUAACACAGACAUGAACGGUUACUACAUUAUCCACUAUGACACGGAAGGUUGGAGCGCACUGAUUAACCUUCUGCAAGUAAACCACAGUGCUGUGAGCUUUAAGGACAGAGCCAACCUCAUUCACAACGCCUUCCAGCUGGUCACGGCAGGGCGCUUGAAACUGGACCAGGCGUUGGAUCUAAUCACCUACUUAAAGUCUGAGACACACAACGUUCCCCUGCUCGAAGGCAUCGGAUAUUUAGAAUCAUUUUACAAGAUGAUCGAGAAGAGAAAUAUAGCUGAUGUCACUCAGAAUCUCAAGAUCUACAUCCUGCAGUAUUUUAGAAACGUAAUUGACAAGCAGACUUGGACUGAUGAGGGCACGGUCUCAGACAGGAGGCUGCGCUCAGAGCUUCUGUCACUGGCGUGUGAUCUUGGUUAUUCUCCCUGUGUGACAAAGGCCAAACAUUUCUUCCAAAGCUGGAUGAACUCGAAUGGAACAAUCAGCUUACCCACUGAUGUGGCUGAGACCAUCUACACUGUCGGAGCCCAGGACGAUCACGGCUGGCACUACCUGCUGGAAACGUAUGCGCGUUCCAUAAGUGCAGCAGAGAAAAGCAAAAUCCUCUCAGCGCUAACAAGCAACAAGGAUCCCAAGAAGCUGCUAAGGCUGUUCGAGCUUGGAAUGGAAGGUUCGGUGAUCAAAGCCCAGGAUUUAUCGACAGUAAUAUACACUGUGGCCAGAAAUCCAGCAGGUCAUUUCCUGGCUUGGGAUUUUGUAAAGAGCAACUGGGAUAAACUGGUGGAAAAAUUUCAGCUUGGAUCAUUCUGUAUCAGAAAUAUAAUCAUAGGUACAACUGGGCAGUUUUCAUCGAAAGAGGAGCUCGCCGAUAUCAAGGAUUUCUUCAGGUCUAUUCGGGAACAGUCGUCCCAGCUGCGCGUCACUCAGGUGGCUGUGGAGAACGUGGAGAAAAACAUCCUGUGGCUGGAGAGGAAUUUAGAGACUCUGAGGAUGUGGCUUCAGAGGAGACUGAAUUAAAAAGUUCACAUGCUUCAGAAAAAACAUACAGAUGAAUUAAUACAUUUUCACUAAAUAUUUUAUAAGCAAAGCUCAUUUUGUAUCAGGAUGCAGGAUGUAAAGUUCUGAUGAGAAACUUUGACCUACAUAUGAUUGGCGUGGUUUGAGUUGUUUUAUAUUUCAGGUCAAUGGGAAACAGAAAUGUGUUGCCUGUGUAGUGAUCACUGUUCAUUUCCUUUAGGUUUUAUAUGAAUGGUUAAAUAUUGUGGCUGAAAUAUGGUUUGAUGGUUUCUGAAUCAUAAAAUUAAACUGAAAUAAUUGGGUUAUAAUUUUGGCUUUCAGAGCGGCCUGCUUUCGUUUUCUAAUUUACAUAUGACCUGUGCGACCUCUGAUUCUAUGUUCAUUCCUUUGGCCUGAAUGCAGAGCUCAACUUUUUUUUUUUCUGAAAGACGACACCAUGUCAGACAAGAAGACAUGGUCAUUUUAUGAAGACCUCUUAACACUUACGCCCUUAUAAGCCCAUUGUUUUAAUAUUGACUUAAGAUGUAAGUGCUAUGACACCUUCAUAAAACGAUACCCAGCUUUUUUCAGUAGUAUGAGCAUGCAGAGUUUCAUUGAUGUAGCUUAAGUAGUUUCUGAGAAAACUUGUCCAGAUUGGGUCCACUUGUACAAAGUCAAAUAACAAAAGGCCAUAACUCUGAAAAUAAUAAUUUCUAGUAAAUGAUUUUCGAACUUAACUUAGAUCAUGAACAGUAAUAUGAGCACGCAAAGUUUCAUUGAUGUAGCUUAUGUAGUUUCUGAGAAAACUUGUCCAGAUUGAAACGAACAGACGGAUGGAAGGACGGACUCCAUUCCUAUAUCCUCCUGCGCACUUCGUAGCGGGAGGAUAAUAAUAAAAAUGGCUACAGGAGAAGUUGCUUUUUUGGUGUUCUCAGUAGUUGUUGGCGCUUUCACUUCCUUAUAAACACCUUAUGUACAUUCUUAAAAAUCCACCCUAAAUGACCUGCUUAUUAAGCUUUAUAUUCAAGUUUAUCUGUAUAGUGCUUGAAACAACAGACAUUGCUGCAAAGCAGUUUGACAGAAAAUUAAAGACUUUUUAAACGUA